AUGAGUCCUACUGGCCAGGGACCCGGUGUUGUCCGAGGAUCUGGUGUCGUGCUCAAACGGCCCGAUCGAACCCCGUCCACAUCAUCCACUCCUCCCGGUUCUGGUAACACUCAUGAGGGUUUAGGUUCCACAACCACCUCACCACUAAACGCAGUUCCAUUCAGUCCAGGUCGAGAUGCGGCUCCACCCAAGCGGGUCUCCACCCCCGAGCUGACCAGUGGUCCUCGUUCCACCUACGCUCCACUGACGGAUAUACACAACUGUUAUCGAGCGCUGCAACAGUCUGUCAACUAUCUCAUCCAAAGUCAAACAGGCCUGUUGCCUAAUCCUGGUUAUCCAGGCUACGAAGAAGAUAACACGGAAUUCGGGUUCACGGGAACCACAGUGGCCAGUGAAUAUGAGAAUUUGCCACUACGCGUCGGUCAGCCUCCGGCCAAUGCAGUGCCUCAGGUGACUGACUUUCGAUUACCCUGUUCGUCGUCGGCCGCUGUUUGGCCGACAGAUUUGAUUCAUACGAGUGCCACCGGGGUGCGACGUUCUCUUUCGCGCCGAAAUCGUGUGGAUCGCAAACGACAGAGUACGGCCAGUUUAGACAGUGCUCUACAGCGAUGGGAUGACUCGCAAACCGAAACACCACAGUUGAAACAGCGCAGUUUCCGUGGCCCUAAAUCGAGCACUGUUGCCUACAGUACCCAGAAAACGUUCCCGUUCAAAUCGUGCGCGGAUGCACCGGACACACUGCGAUUGAGCUCUACCUUGGACCGAAAUAUUGUGGCUUCUGGUGACAGUGGUUUGCAAUCAUAUUCGGCUUCCCUAUCACAGUCCGAUCGAAAAUCCCAUCCGGCUAUCCCGAUUGAACAGAUCGCCCAAUUGGCUCAUAACUACCGUACUCAGUCAUUCCGCACAGGCUCGGCUUCCGUGCCCGAGCCCGCAUCACCCACAGGAUCCGGUUCCUGUCAUUCGGCCACAAACGGGUGGUGCGCAACACGUCGACCACAAUUACUACCCGAGCCAAUUCGCCUCGUGCAUCCGGGGUCAGGGGAUGCGACCGCGAACAUCGAUAGUGAUGCUCGUGGUGGCGUCCCCGUGCGGGCGAUGAAUCCGCUCAAUCGGACCUACGACUUCAGUGCACAAAACGGACCACAAAUUCUGUAA